CUUUGACUGCAUCCACUCCGAGAAACAGAAGAAGAAGAAGAGCUACAAGAACUCUGGAGUCGUCUCUUUGAAGAGCUGCAAGAUGUCGACCCAUCACUCCUUCCUGGACUACGUGAUGGGCGGCUGCCAGAUCAACUUCACCGUGGGGAUCGACUUCACCGGCUCCAAUGGAGACCCUCGCUCGCCCGACUCUCUCCACUACAUGAGUCCAGACGGGUUGAACCAGUCCCUGUCGGCUCUGUGGUCGGUGGGUAACGUGGUCCAGGACUACGACACAGAUAGAGCCAGAGAAGGAGAGAAGACGUUGAUAGGCCAGCAUUCGUCUGCCGGAGACGCCUUCAGACGCCUUAUUAACCAGUGAACUGAGCAGGAUGGACGGUGUUCCUCUGAGGAUGCCACAGGGUGCAUCACAGCAAGUCCAAGAAGACGUGCAUGUGAUCGUCCCUGAUUAUCUCACCAGACUGCAGGACACAGAGGUGAGUGGUUCGUGACAAACAGACUAACCUGCGUGUAUCCCACUCUGUGCUCAUGCUCUCUCCUGCAAAGACACAAUCCCGAACUGUUUAACUGUAUUUUGCUUCUCUGCUUCAUCGGCAGAAAGAAACCCAAGUUCUCAAAGAUGCUCGAAUGAAUAUGAAUAUCAACACAUUAACUAUGUGGAAUAUGAAAGGGGUUGUUUUCAGUGAUAAACGCAACGAUAAUAUGAGCUGAAUCUGCAACUCAUGUUGGCUUUCCAGAUCUUUAGAGUGAGUCUAUUUCAUUGCUAACAGCUUAAGAGACAGAUGUGUCUCUCAGGAGUUAAAAAAGACCAACAAUUGAGCUAAAAGAGAGAGAAUAUUGGAUUUUUUUAUCAUCAAAACAAUCAUGUUGCUCUGUGAUGUAAAUGUUUCAAUAAGCAACUAUUUGAGAACAAGCUCACAUAUCUAAAAGAUGAUAAUAUGUCAUUGCUGUGUUCACUUCUUGUUUCUACUGCAACAAAGUGGACCAACAAUGAAUUGAUGCAGACUUGAGUUGAGUAAUUAGGACUUGUGACUCAACUUGUCAUUAACCUGUGAAUGAUCUGAGUGAACCCAUGGCCUUCCCUUCAGCAUCGCCCACAGCACACACUGUGAAUGUUUCGCUUCUGACUGAGAGAAUUGCUUCUGACUGAGAGAAUUGCUUCCAAUUUCAGUCCGGGAGGCAGACACAGUCACCUCGUUUAAGAGUAGACUUAAGACCUUCCUCUUUGACAGAGCUUAUAGUUAGGGCUGAAUCAGGUUUGCCCUGGUCCAGCCCCUUGAUAUGCUGCUAUAGGCUUAUAGCUGCCGGGGGACGUUUUAGGAUGCACUGAGUACCUAUCUCCUUUUUUUUCUCUCCUUAAGGAUGAAUUUUCAUCUCUCAAUCACACGUUACUAACUCUGCUUUCUCCCCGGAAGUCCUUUUGACUUUACGUCUCAUGGGGUCAUCGGACCCUAUGAGACGGCAUAGAUCCAUUUAGCCUGAUGGAUCGUCUGGGUCGUGGAAUUCCUGCUCAUGACUACG